AUGACGAUGGACAAGCCAUUCGGUUCGUUGGAUGGGGCUCCAAUCGUCACCAAAUUUGCUAUCACGGAGACUGAGAAGCUAGCGGAAAUCAUCGAACGAUACAAGCUGAACAACCGCCCGGUCCCUGAGUACUGUAUAGAAGGCAUCAAGCAAUUGGCAUCCCUUCUGCAGCAAUCCCAACCUGAUUAUAACCUCGAACUUUCCCUUAAACCUGGCUUAGAUCCAGAGGAAAUCGUCAACAACAACCUCGAGAUUGCCUGGUAUCUCUCGGCAUGGCUUUAUUUCUACAACCGCCUCGCGAAAUUCUCCGACGAAGAUGCUCUAUUCCUUAUCGAUGUUCCCUUCUUUGUCGAUGAGAUCUUGAUCUAUCUACUUCGCGCCGAAUCGGUCAAGUCCAUGACUAAACCCAAUAUGUUGCGCCGCCGUGAUCCAGUCACCUUCCCGGCUUUUGUGGCAAGCUGCAAUGCCUCUAAACGCGACCCGUGA